AUGGCGGUGCUAUUCGCAAAGCAAAUCCAGGACUCACUCCAAGCAGGGAUUCGGGGUGUGCCGCAGGGGGCCGGGAUGGGCAUGGGACACGCGUGUGCAUCUGGCAAGAACUUCUUUCUAUUCUGUCGCUGGGUCACCUUGACCCCGGGGCGAAUUCAGUUAGAGAUUAUUGUCAAGUCUAAAUCUGAGUUCUUCCUGAAUGGGAAUCCCUCUCCUCUCCUCACUCAGAUGCUCUGGGCCACGAAUCCACUGCCUGUUCUCCCACGGAGAGGGUUAAAUCCACCACACAGGGUGAAAUCUAUCUCCAUGACAACAUUCACACAACAGGAAAUUGAAUUUCUGCAGAAACAUGGAAAUGAAGUCUGUAAACAGAUUUGGCUAGGAUUAUUUGAUGAUAGAUCUUCAGCAAUUCCAGACUUCAGGGAUCCACAAAAAGUGAAAGAGUUCCUACAAGAAAAGUAUGAAAAGAAAAGAUGGUAUGUCCCUCCAGAACAAGCCAAGGUGGUGGCAUCAGUUCAUGCGUCUAUUUCAGGGUCGUCUGCCAGUAGCACGAGCAGCACGCCUGAGGUCAAACCCCUGAAGUCUCUUUUAGGAGACUCAGCACCAGCACUGCACUUAAACAAGGGCACACCUAGUCAGUCCCCUGUUGUAGGUCGCUCUCAAGGGCAGCAGCAGGAAAAGAAGCAGUUUGACCUUUUAAGUGAUCUUGGCUCAGACAUCUUUGCUGCUCCAGCGCCUCAGUCAACGGCCACAGCCAAUUUUGCUAACUUUGCACAUUUCAACAGUCAUGCCGCUCAGAACUCUGCAAAUGCAGAUUUUGCAAACUUUGGUGCAUUUGGACAGUCUAGUGGCUCGAGUGAUUUUGGAGGUUUCCCCACAGCAAGUCGCUCUCCUUUUCAGCCCCAAACUCCAGCAUUUAGAAUGCUUUCAUCUAGCUGCAGUUUUGGUGAAUUUACUUCAGCUUUUCCUCUCCAGGCUUCCAACAGUGGAAGUGCUGGAUCAGUAAAUGCUAAUUUUGCUCAUUUUGAUAACUUCCCCAAAUCCUCCAGUGCUGAUUUUGGAACCUUCAAUACUUCCCAGAGUCAUCAAACAGCAUCAGCUGUUAGUAAAGUUUCAACGAACAAAGCUGGUCUGCAGACUACAGACAAAUACGCAGCACUUGCUAAUUUAGACAAUAUCUUUAGUGCUGGGCAAGGUGGUGAUCAGGGGAGUGGUUUUGGGACCACAGGUAAACCUCCUGUUGGUUCUGUGGUUUCAGUUCCCAGUCAGUCAAGUGCAUCUUCAGACAAAUACGCAGCCCUGGCAGAACUUGACAGCGUUUUCAGCUCCGCAGCCACGUCCAGUAACGCGUAUACUUCCACAAGUAACGCUAGCAGCAAUGUUUUUGGAACAGUGCCCGUGGGUGCUUCUGCACAGACACAGCCUGCUUCUUCGAGUGUGCCUGCUCCAUUUGGAGCUACGCCUUCCACAAAUCCAUUUGUUGCUGCUGCUGGUCCUUCUGUGGCAUCUUCUACAAAUCCAUUUCAGACCAAUGCCAGAGGAGCAACAGGCCUUUCUGGAGCAAUGCAUUCUCAAGUGUUCCCUCACGCUCAUUUUGCUGCGACCUUUGGCACCGCGUCCAUGAGCAUGCCUGCGGGGUUUGGGACUCCUGCGCCCUACAGUCUUCCCACCAGCUUUAGUGGCAGCUUCCAGCAGCCUGCCUUCCCGGCCCAAGCAGCUUUCCCUCAGCAGACAGCGUUUUCUCAACAGCCCAAUGGUGCAGGUUUUGCAGCAUUUGGACAAAGCAAGCCAGUGGUAACCCCUUUUGGUCAAGUUGCAGCUGCUGGAGUAUCUAGUAAUCCUUUUAUGACUGGUGCACCAACAGGACAGUUUCCAACGGGAAGCUCAUCAACCAAUCCUUUCUUAUAGCCUUAUAUAGACACUUUACUGGAACGAACUUUUACGUGGUCACAUUACAUCUCUCCGCCUCUUGCACUGUUGUCUUGUUUC